UUAUCUCAAAGAACCCAAUAAAAAAAACAUGCAAACAGGAAAAAGAAAGCCACGUCGUUGUCGACUGUGCAAGGUUUGGCAGCUUCCCAUGCAAAGUCUUGGUCGAUGUUGGUCCAAUGAUGAAGUAGCUGUGGACAUGUAUUAGCUCGUAGUUAUACUCUCUGACCAGGUAUGCAUCUUCUUCCUCGGUUUCGUUGGUGUCGGCAUCAAAUCAUGUCAUUGACUUUGCUCCAUUAUGGACAUAUGACCACUGUGUGUAAGGCCACUGUCUACCUUAAUCAAGGGCAUGUUGUUCAUGUAUGUAUGAUCAUCCAUCAUGGUGGCACGCUUCUUGAGAUGCACACGAGGCCACUGAUUGCUGUGAUUUUUAUCAUCUCCUCUCUCUCUCUCUCUAUCUCUCUCUUCAUGGUAGGGAUUGUCUAGUUCUUAUCUUGAUGUGAAUGUAGGGCGUCAUCAUGUUUGGACCACGGCAAUGAAUUAUAUCAGGAACACCCAAGUGCUGAGGGAAUAUUUCAAUUGAGCUGUAUCCCUGCUCCACCCUACACCAGUAGAUGAUCACAGAGUUUGGGUGGAUUCUCUGCAUGGAUCAUAACCUGUUUCUCAUACGGCAUUAUGAAAGUGUUUGGCUCCUUUUUGUUGAUCUCUCUGUGCAUAAUCAAUUCAAUUCGACAUUAGCAGAUGUGGAAGAGAUGGCUCCUCAUAUUAGCAGCAGCAGCAGCAGCUUGAGAAGGUAGCUUUCGGACGUGGGGUAGCAAAAGCACUUCAGUGAGACAGUAUUGUGGAUCACUACACCGUCAAACACCCCCUCCUCCACACAAAUCUGCAGUAGAGUUCGUGCCAUGGCAAGGCAUGUUACGAGAUUCCUUGUACGGUAUAAGGGAAGGCUUCAAAUCUUGCGCGUCUAUAAAACGGCAGGCCAUCUGCCAUGGGAGCUGCAACACAAAGAGAGAUCUCCACUCUACCUUCUGUGACUCUCGAAGCCCUUCGACAUUGCUGAGACUUGACAGAGGUCCACAUGGAAGGGAAGAUGAGUUGGUCUGUGGCGGAUGCAGUGGAUUACAAGGGAUCACCGGCAGACAGGACUAAGACUGGUGGUUGGAUACCUGCUAUGCUCAUCCUAGUGAUUGAAAUAUGCGAAAGGCUAUCCACUCUGGGGAUUGGAGUCAACCUGGUGACAUACUUGAGUGGCACCAUGCAUCUUCCAAGUGCAGAAUCUGCAAACGUCGUGUCCGACUUCAUGGGCACAUCUUUUCUUCUAUGCUUGCUUGGAGGAUUCCUCGCUGAUGCCUACUUAGGCCGAUACCUCACCGUCGCCAUCUUCUCUGCGGUCCAAGCAUUUGGAACAGGGAUGCUCACUGUGGUGACAAAAUUGCCUCAGCUUCGGCCACCACCUUGCGGUAGCUCUUCGGGUGCAAGCAAAUGCCACCGAGCAAAUGGCUUCCAGAUCGGCCUCCUGUACUUGAGCUUGUACUUGAUCGCACUGGGGACCGGCGGGCUCAAAUCGAGCGUUUCAGGCUUCGGCACCGACCAGUUCGACGAGAAGGACGAGAAGGAGAAGAGUCAGAUGGCGUACUUCUUCAACAGGUUCUUCUUCUUCAUCAGCACCGGCAGCCUGUUUGCGGUAACCGUUCUGGUCUACAUCCAAGACGAGGUGGGGCGAAGUUGGUCCUACGGCAUCUGUUGCAUCUCCAUGCUUCUUGCCGUAGUGCUGUUCUUGUCCGGCACAAGGAGAUACCGAUUCAAGAAGCGCUCGGGGAGCCCCAUCGUUCACAUUCUCCAAGUGCUCGUUGCUGCCUUCAGGAAGAGGCAGCUCAAGCACCCUGCAAACCCUGCCUUCUUGUUCGAAGACUUCCCUGAGGCCUCCAGAAUCCAACACACAGAUAAAUUCCGUUUCCUCGACAAGGCUGCGAUCGGCGAGGAAUUCCAUGGCAAGACCUCAACUAUGAACCCUUGGAGACUUUGCUCGGUAACAAGAGUUGAGGAGGUGAAGAUGAUGAUCCAGCUGCUACCCGUAUGGGCCACGACGAUCAUGUUCUGGACCAUAUAUGCUCAGAUGAUGACAUUUUCUGUAGAACAAGCGACGACCAUGGACAGAUCCGUCGGUAGCUUCGGGAUUCCAGCAGGGUCACUGAACGUCUUCUUCGUCAGUGCCAUCUUGAUCACCCUAGCGAUCUAUGACAGAGUCAUCAUGCCUGCCAUGAAGAAAUGGAAGGGCAAACAAGGCUUCACCAACCUGCAAAGGAUCGGUCUCGGGCUAACCUUAUCCAUCAUGGCCAUGGCGUCGGCGGCGCUCACGGAGGUGAAGAGGCUCUCGGUGGCUCGGGAAGCAGGCAAGGCUGCUGCUCCCAGAGGCGCGGCGCUGCCCAUCAGCGUCUUCACGUUGGUACCGCAGUUCUUUCUCGUGGGCUCGGGGGAGGCGUUGAUAUACACCGGGCAGCUCGAUUUCUUCAUCACACGGUCACCGAAGGGGAUGAAGACGAUGAGCACCGGCCUCUUCCUGACCACGCUGUCACUCGGCUUCUUCCUUAGCAGCUUCAUCGUCUCCAUCGUGAAGAGUGUGACGGGCGGCGAGAGCGGGCAGGGAUGGCUGGCUGACAACAUCAACCAUGGGAGGCUGGAUUACUUCUAUGGCCUUCUGGCCGCACUAAGCGCUCUAAACUUGGCAGCUUUUCUUUACUGCGCGACAUGGAUCAAACCAGAGAACGCUGGAGAUGGGUUGGAGAUGGCAAGUGCAGCCAAGAAUUCACCUGCAGAAGACAAGUGCUAAGAUAUUGCUGCUAGUUCCUUGCACUAUUGGGAGCUUUUCUGUCUUCUUCUUCUACAUUGAGCAAAGCAGAUUGGAAAUGAAGUGAAGAAUCUAAAGAAUGGAAAUGUGCUCAAACAAAGGCAGGUUUUAUUGCUGACAGAAUGCAUGCUACUUCAUGUGAUGCUUGAUGGAUCUGCUUGUUAUGGUUCCUUACAAACUCCACUAAGUGAUGCAGUUUAAUCCA